AUGGGGUAUUUCGAUAAGAGUCCUAUGGAUUGGGAUUGGUGUAAAUCUUGGUUCAGCGCCGAGCUAUUUUGGAUUCGUCAAACGAUGUCGAGAACAAUGAUGCCGAGAUUCUUCAGAGGGAGCUUCGAGUCAAAUGGGAAGUGGGUUUACGAGCAGUAUGUUGCGAUGGUCAGGGGUCUAGGUCUUCCGGAGGGGUAA